GAAUGGGGAUAAAAAGGACACAAAGUAUUGUGAGGAGGAAAUUAAAGUACAUAAAACGAAGGCAUAGUACUUGUACAUAGAGUAAAAGCUUAGUAAGUCUUGACUGUUAAUAUUUUUUAAAUUGUUCCUCACGUGCAUUGUUAAAGAGAUUGGAGAGAUGUGUCUAAGGUAGAACUUACAGGCUUAGUUUGUGUUCAGCUAUAGAAUAAGGAAUAUCUAAAGUUUCAAGGCAAGAGCCAUCUACAGGGAGAUGACCUGACAGAUGUGAAAGUAAUCUAAGGGAAGUGGGAGUAGGAAGUACAGGAUUAAGUUCUGUACUUAAUCAGAACUUAAUGGGCACACCGGAGAGGACGUGGGAAUGAAACAAGGAAGGAGUCAGUCCUAGGAUAUGGCACCGGAGUGGUACAGUAGCAUGUGAACUGCAGGGUGGGUAGUGAUGGUUAACAUGGUGGGCUGCUGCAGGAAGCUGAAAAAGCAACUGUGUUGAUAUUGUUGAUUCAAACAGCAAAAGUGAAUGUGAAUUUACAGCACCUGGCUCACAGCGCCUCCUGUGAGCCAGGUGCUGUAAAUGCAAAAAAGAAUUAGAUACCUAUUCUGCAUUCCCAACGGCAGAAAAUCUAAAGGCAGCUGAAGACAUGGAAGUAAUUUAAUACAUGCAGCAACUUAAAAAAUAACCAGCAUUAAGACAAUGGCCAAGAACAAAUGGAAAGGGCAGAAGCACAGGAAUGUGUUUCACAUAGCCAGCCAAAAAAACUUCAAGGGGAAAAGUAAAACAAAACCCGUGACCACGAAUCUUAAGAAGGCUCUGCAGCCGAGUCCGGAAAACAAACCAGUGAAUGUUGACGAAGCUACGAGAUUAAUGGCUCAGUUGUAAUGUGUUUGUCCCCCAAAAACCAAUAAAUUAAAUGCUCUAUACAACUUUA